CACGUGAGCCCCAUGACCAUCACAGCACGCGCAAGUCUGAGAGAGCGAACCGGCUCUAGAGGCAACGUCACAUAAGUGGAAGCCGACCGUAAAAACUCGCGCGGCGGCACCAGCGCUGGAGACCGAGUGGAGCGGCGGAGCCCGAGGCAAGUGCCGAGACGAUUACAGCAGGAAAGAUGGCGGACGACCCGAGCGCGGCGGACAGGAACGUGGAGAUAUGGAAGAUAAAGAAGCUGAUCAAAAGUCUCGAGGCGGCCCGGGGGAAUGGCACUAGUAUGAUCUCCCUGAUCAUCCCUCCAAAAGACCAGAUUUCUCGAGUUGCCAAGAUGUUGGCGGAUGAGUUUGGCACAGCCUCCAACAUCAAGAGCAGAGUCAACAGGCUUUCUGUGCUGGGAGCCAUCACCUCUGUACAGCAGAGACUCAAACUCUACAACAAGGUGCCCCCUAAUGGACUGGUGGUGUACUGUGGCACCAUAGUGACAGAGGAAGGAAAGGAGAAAAAAGUCAACAUAGAUUUUGAACCUUUUAAACCCAUCAACACCUCCCUGUAUCUCUGCGACAACAAAUUCCACACUGAGGCUCUCACAGCCCUGCUGUCAGACGACAGCAAGUUUGGUUUCAUCGUGAUUGACGGUAGUGGCGCUCUGUUCGGGACCUUGCAGGGGAACACCAGGGAGGUGCUGCACAAGUUCACUGUGGACCUUCCCAAAAAGCACGGACGAGGCGGGCAGUCGGCGCUGCGUUUCGCGCGGUUGCGGAUGGAGAAGAGGCACAACUACGUGCGGAAGGUGGCGGAGACGGCCGUCCAGCUCUUCGUGUCCAACGACAAGGUCAACGUGGCGGGGAUGGUUCUGGCCGGCUCUGCCGACUUCAAGACGGAGCUCAGCCAGUCGGACAUGUUCGACCCGAGGUUACAAGCCAAGGUGUUGAAGCUGGUGGAUAUCUCAUACGGAGGAGAGAAUGGCUUCAACCAGGCCAUCGAGCUGUCGGCAGAAGUGCUGUCCAAUGUGAAGUUCAUCCAGGAAAAGAAACUAAUUGGUCGCUACUUUGAUGAGAUCAGCCAGGACACGGGCAAGUAUUGCUUCGGUGUGGAAGACACCCUCAAGGCCUUGGAGAUGGGUGCCGUGGAGAUCCUCAUCGUUUAUGAGAACCUGGACACCAUGCGUUAUAUUCUGCGUUGCCAUGGCGCUGAGGGCAACGCCUCUGAGAAUGAUGAGAAGACCCUGUUUUUGACGCCUGAGCAGGAGAAGGACAAGUCUCAUUUCACAGAUAAGGAGACGGGGCAGGAGCACGAGCUGAUCGAGAGCAUGCCACUGCUGGAGUGGUUCGCCAACAACUACAAGAAGUUUGGUGCCACGCUGGAGAUCGUCACGGACAAGAGCCAGGAGGGGUCACAGUUUGUCAAGGGCUUUGGUGGCAUUGGGGGGAUCCUGCGGUACAGGGUGGACUUCCAGGGCAUGGAUUACCAGGGAGAAGACGAUGAAUUAUUUGAUCUGGAUGACUACUGAGUAGUCGAGACUGGCAUGAGGAAAAUAAAAUUUAAAGAUAAAAUAAUAAAACGCCUCUCGCAAGAAGAGGGAUAAAAGACCACACAGAGGGGGAACGAGAAUGACAAUUCAAACAGAAAAACAGCAUCCAUAGAUCUAUCCCUGCCUUAGUAAGUCAUUCCCUCCCCUUGGUCGGAUUGGAUAUUUCUAGAUUUUUCUCUCCACUAAAUUAACAUGAAGCAACAGCAGGACCCAGCACCCAGCCCUCAGAAUGUCUGGACUCACUCUUCUUAUACAGAAAUAUAUUUUCUUUAUUGCCUCAUCCCCAUCCUUCCCUCCUUUUUCCUUUUUUUCUUUUUUUCUUUCUUUUUUUUUACUGGCUGCUGUGUUUUAUGAGAGUUUGGGUUUUUUUAACCUGGGUUUCUGUAGAGAACGGGGAAAGAGUAUUAAAUUUGAACUGUUUAACACCAGUCCCGAUAUGGUCACGCCUCCCAUUUCAUGUACAUUUUCGUUUUUCCUUAAGCUCUGAACUCUCCCAACCCGUGAGGCGGCCCGGAUUUCCCUGGGCCGGCCUAGAAAGUGUUGACAGUGCAGUAGUGCAUGUUGAAAUACCAAUCUGAGGCCUGCACUUAUCCAAAUGGCUCUUUGUCUUUGUGGAGGUUCGUCUUUGUCACCGUCCCUGUCUGCACUCAAGCAUGUUGACCACCCCGUGUGUGUGUGAGAGUGAGUAUGUGCAUGCAGCUCUUAGGCUGUGCUGCGACCAAAAGGAAAUUCAUACAGCUGAUUGGCUGUGGAAUCUGAUAGCGGUAAUGCACGCUGCUGGUUGGAUGUAAAAUGUUAUAAUGUCCACAGCUGAUUGGGUAUGGAGUGUGAUGGGGUUGGGGGUCUGUACCGAGCUGAUAGGUUGUGGAGAGAGUGGUUGAGCUUUGACACAGUUCCAGGCCUGCAACCUCAAUCACAGUUUAGCAACGCAUUCCCAAGUAGGAUCUUUUAAAAUUCUUUAACUCUCCUGAGAGGUUACCAAACAAAUAGCAGUUUGGUUUUUACAUUUUAACAUAUCCAGAUUUUUGAAUAAGACCAAGCCACAGGGGAACUGAUUGAAAUGCAAAAGAAUAGAACCGUAGUCCAGGAUCUUUGGUGCCACCACUUUGGUUGCCACUUUGCCUGGUGUAACUGGCCAUUGGUGUAAUUCUGCCUGCUAGUAUUGGCUUUGUAGCAGUGUGUGUGUUUACCUAAGAACAGGUGAAUGUGAGGGUGGUUCCUGUCCUCCUGAUGCAAUGUUAACACAGCUUUCUCUGCUUGGAGAGAUGAGGCAGGCUGUGGUAUCGAACUCUGAACACUUGCAUCAGGGAUGUACCAGGAAGAAGGAGAAGCUCCAUUGUGUCCCCAGGGGAUUUGCUUUCCUUCCAACACAAACGUGCGCACACCUCCUGCUGGACAUUGCUCCUGGCCUGUCUGUAUUAUAAGCUUCAACAGAGCCACCGCUGUGCUAACCAAUUUGCUGCAUGAUGGUUCUUCAUUAGGUUGAUUUGGUAUGGUACUGCUGCAGCCAUGCCAAGAGAACCCAAUAAUGUAUGGACUGCAGUUGAGUGGCUUAGUUCAUACUUUGGAGAAUCCCUGUCUGGCUAACAAACUUGGCAUUUAAUCGUCCCUUAGUAUAAUUAUCUGCAUAAAUUCCUCCCGUUCCACCUCAGCUGAUGUGUGGAGAGUGUUCUGGUGCAAAAUGGCUGCCAUGGUGAGGGUUCCCCCUUUCACUGUAAAGUGCUUUAAGAUCCAUGAGUGGCACUAUAUAAAUUCAAUGAAUUAUCAUUUUUGAGAGCAUGUGUAAAGGACAACCUUCAGAGACACUUAAGCUCCAGUAUGAUUGUGCUGUCAUUUUACUCCCAGUCAACCCGUCUGAAGACAGAUAUUUUACCUGGAGGUUGUGAGUGUCAAAACGUCUGUCACAAACAGCAGCAAAAAUAAUGAUACUUACUAAAUGUUCUUGUUUGAUCUUUUUUCAUUCAUUGCUAUUUUAUAUGGAUCAGUUCUAUCUGGCCACAAUUAUUAAAUGUUCCCAUUGUUUGCAAAA